AUGUGGCCGAUCGCGCCGCCCCUGCUUUUCAUCACUGACGCCUUCCUCGCUAACCAGUUCAUCGUCGAGCCGUCGCUCCCUCGCCCUCCUAACGCGAAGAAAUACCUGGCUCCUCUCACACACAACCUUGACUUGGUCUCUCUCGAAGGCACUCCUUGGAAGACAUGGCGCAGCAUCUUCAAUCCUGGUUUCAGUGCCAAGAAUCUCAUGACACUUGCUCCGGCCAUCCUUGAUGAGGUUGCCACCUUUGCCGACAUACUCCGCGAGCAUGCUGGCACGUCAGAGAAACCUAGCUCAUGGGGCCCUGUUUUGCAGCUCGAGACGCUGACAACCAACCUCACAUUUGACGUGAUUGCCCGUGCAGUUCUCGAUAUAUCACUGAACGAGCAGCGUGCCGGACCCUCUGUGCUGAAGGAGGCGCUUGUUGACCAGCUUUCGCUCUGCAUGUUCGACUACAACAUCCUAACGCUACCCAAGAUGCUUUCGCCACGACGUCACCUUUCCAUAGCUAGGAACACAGCCGCUAUGCGAGGCGUUCUUCUGCCUGCUGUGGAGCGCAGCCUCCGUCCUGAUCGCGCCAAGGAGACAACCGCGAGAACGAUCAUUGACCUGGCUGUGAAGGCGUACGCAAAGGAGUUCAACGAAGCUGCUGUCAUACCGCCGCCUGACGCGGCGUUUGUUGACUCGGUGCUUGCGCAGCUGAAAAUCUUUCUUUUCGCUGGUCACGACACCACCGCCACAGCCAUCUGCUGGCUACUGUACAGCAUUGCCAAGCACCCUCAGGUUGCGGAGCGCAUCCGACAGGAGCAUAUUUCCGUCUUUGGAACGACAAGGCAUGCGACGCGCGAGAAAAUCAGGCAGGCGCCUCAUCUGCUGAACUCACUCCCGUACACGCUCGCGGUCAUCAAGGAAACCUUCCGUAUAUUCCCCGGCCCUGGCGGUAUUCGGAACGGAUCUGCUGACUUCUUCAUGACGGAUCCCACCAAUGGCAUGCGCUUUCCCACCGACGGGUUCAUGAUCUGGGAUGGCAUUCGUUCGAAAGUCCGGGCCGAAGAGCAGUGGCAUCGCGCCGACGAGUUUCUCCCCGAGCGAUGGCUCAUAACUGAUCAUGAAGAUGCGCUGUGCCCAGGCAAAGAUUCGUGGCGCGUAUUUGGACUAGGGCCUCGAAAUUGCAUUGGUCAAGAGCUGGCACUGAUGGAGCUGAAGCUCGUUGUCGCGCUUGUGAUCAGAGAGAUGGACGUCGAAUGCGCAUGGGAAGAAUGGGAUAUUCAAAGUGGCAACACUGGGCCAAAAGAUGUGGUUGAUGGCGAACGAGCAUAUCAGAGUGGUGCAGGGACACCACACACAAAGGACGGAAUGCCAGUACAUGUGAGGCUCAGACAACCCUGA